AUGAAAUUCACAUCAGUCUUCACCUUUUUUCUCGCUGCUUUAACAGCUUCUGCAACACCACUAGGGCUUUACAAGAGACAGACUACAAAUGUAUCCAGUAACAGUUCUAGUUCUGGCGGCGGUACAGUUCCAGUAAUCAUUACUGGAGGUUCUGCUGUAUCCAGUAGUAGCCAGUCUAACGUGACCACCACUACUCUAUUCAAUUCUACUUCUACAUUAAAUGUCACUCAACUUUACCAAAUUGCCUCUCAAGUCAACCAGACUUUACAAAGUGGGUCUUCUUCUGGUAUUAUUAUUGUUACUAACUGGCAAUCCAUUGAAACUCUAAGUUUCUUCUGCUCAAUUGUUUUUGAUACAUCCAAGACCAUUGUCAUUACUGAAAAUUACUUGUGGGGUGUACCAAUCUUAAGCAGUUCGCAAGCACAAGGUAGAGGUACUUUGGUUGCUGGCAGCGAUAAUGUUAUAUACUCUGGUGUUUUCGCACCAUAUACCGUUCCCGUGGGUGUUUCAAGCCAAAAGCAAGUUCAGUGGUUCUACGACGCAUGUCAACCAACCUUGAUUGCUAGUAACUCUACUAUCAGACUUCAGUAUUCUAACUUCACCAACACUCAGAUAUCUAGCUCCACUGGUACCAGUAGUACUUCAGGUGGUGCUGGUGGUGGUGCUUCAAACAGCUCUAGCAAUUCUUCCUCUACCGCAUCUAACUCAUCUACUGCAGCUGGGGGGGCCGGGUCGUCAUCUUCGUCUUCAUCUUCAUCUUCUGGUCCAUUGGUUCCAAUUAUCUACGAAGAAGGCAACUCUCAAACUUUGAUUCAAUCGUUAGGCUCCAAUAUUCAGGGUCUAGUCGUGAUCAGUUCUGGUACGAGCGGUAACAGUACUACAACAUCAUGGGCGUCGGUCCCCUUCCCAGUUGUUUAUGCUAUUGAUGCGUCUUCCAGUCAUGAUGGUUCGAGUAUUGGGUUCUUGAGCAACACAAGCGUCCCACAAGGCGCAGUCUCUGCCGGGUACUUAUCACCAAUUCAAGCUCAAACUUUGUUGUCUAUCGCCAUCAACAACAAGGUUACAAGUGCCAGUGACUUACAGAAGAUUUUCCCAGCAAGUCAACAAUAA